AUGCCAUCCUUUUUAAAUAUCGACGGUCCCUACUUUCGCGACGAGCACAAUCGCCAGGUGACUCUCCGUGGGGUUAAUGUUGCUUCGGACGCCAAAAUGCCGACGAAGCCAAACUUGCUCUCUCACGUACUGGAAGACUUUUUUGAUGGCGACAACGUUAGCUUUGUCGGCCGCCCAUUUGCCCUUGAGGAUGCAGAUGUGCACUUCCGGAGAUUGCGGAAUUGCGGUUAUAAUGUGAUUCGCUACAUUUAUACUUGGGAGGCUAUUGAAGCUCGAGGCCCGUAUGUCUUCCUACGCCUGGGCGAAGGGUAAGACGGGAGGAAGGAAGGAAGGGCUGAUAGGCAUAGUGGUAUCUACGAUGACGAAUGGAUCGAGAGUACAAUUGCUAUGCUCAGAAAGGCAAAAGAGUAUGACUUCAUGAUAUUUAUGGAUCCUCAUCAGGACGCGGUAUGUCCUGCUCGUUCCUUUCAACCGGAAGCUGUGCUCAUCUUUUGUUUUCAGUGGUCUCGCUUUUCUGGGGGCUCGGGUGCCCCUAUGUGGACCUUGUACGCCAUGGGACUGGAUCCGCGAACCUUUGAUGUAACAGAGGCUGCUCUGGUACACAAUUCCUGGCCAGACCCUGCCACCUUUCCCAAGAUGAUUUGGUCCACGAAUUAUCAACGAUUGGCAUGCCAAACCAUCUUUACAAUGUUCUUCGCUGGCCGCGACUUUGCUCCUAAAUGUAUUAUUGACGGCAGGAACAUCCAGGACUAUCUCCAGGAGCAUUUUAUCAAUGCUAUCACCUAUCUUGCAAAGAAGAUACAUGAAGCAGGCGAUUUAGAGGACACAACCGUUAUUGGCUGGGAGUCGCUAAACGAACCCAACCGUGGAUUGGUUGGGUAUCAGAGGCUAGAUGUUAUUCCACCCGAGCAAAGGCUUCAAAAGGGCACAUCGCCUACGGCGUGGCAAGCGAUUUUAACCGGCAGUGGAAGGGCGUGCGAGAUUGACACGUGGGGUUUUGGCGGAACCGGACCUUAUAAGACUGGGAGUGCCCUUGUUGACCCGGAAGGAGUGCAAGCGUGGCUUCCGGCAGACUGUGACGAUUCCCGGUAUGGAUGGAAGAGGGAUCCCGGUUGGAAGUUGGGCGAGUGUAUUUGGGCACAGCAUGGCGUCUGGGAUCCAGCAACGGAUACGAUUCUUAAGAAUGAUUAUUUUGGCAAGACGCCGAAUGGAGAACUUCUCAGCGUUGAGAGGUUCACUGAAACAUACUUUUUGGAUCAUUACAGGAAGUACGUUGCGGCCAUAAGGUCAGUACAUAAGAAUGCCAUAAUGUUCUGUCAGCCACCGGUUUUCGAGAUACCGCCCUCUAUCAAGGAUACGCCCGACGCCGAUGAUAGGAUGGUUUAUGCACCUCAUUUUUAUGACGGGAUCACACUCAUGACGAAAAAAUGGAAUCGGCUUUGGAACAUUGACGUUCUAGGUGUUCUCAGGGGACGAUACCUAGCGCCAGCCUUUGCGCUGAAGGUCGGGGAGACUGCUAUCCGGUGAGAUCAGCGCAUCCUUUCACGGUUGAGGUUACUAACUUGUGCCUGAAGUAAUUGCUUUCGAGAUCAAUUGAAGGCCAUGAAACAGGAGGGUGUAGACAAUAUGGGGUUAACUCCGUGCGUAUUCACCGAGAUAGGAAUUCCUUAUGAUAUGGACGAUAAAUAUGCGUAUAAAAAUGGGGACUACAUCUCCCAAAUUAGAGCGCUGGACGCAAAUCACUAUGCCCUGGAAGGAGCCCAGGUCGGGUUUACCUUGUGGACGUAUUGUGUGGAGGUAGUUGGCCUUGUUUUAGCCUCUAUAAGACGACUACUAAUUAUAUUUCUAGAACACCCAUGAAUGGGGUGACCAAUGGAAUGGCGAAGACCUCAGUAUAUUCUCGCUGGACGAUCGACCUCCAAAUAGUUCUGCAGCGGCAAACGACUCUACUACGGUAAUAGAUGCUGCAAACCUCAAACGGGCUCUCACCACAUCUACAAUGUCAACCACUCGCACAGACCUGCAAAAGAUUGCCCCUGACGCCAUUGUAGCUGGUUCUCGUGCGGCAGAGGCAUUUGUCCGCCCUUCCCCAGUCUACACAGCAGGCACUAUAGUCGAGUCCGGCUUCAUGCUAUCGAGCGCGACCUUCGACCUCAAGCUUGUAGCUGGGAAGGGCACGGAGGAAACCACACCGACAGAGAUGUUCGUCCCACCAUUCCACUUUCCCAAAGACGGGACAGCUGUCACUGUCAGCGGUGGUAAAUGGGAAUACGACGUCGAAAGGAGCGUGCUAAGAUGGUGGCACGCCGAAGGCGAACAAUGGAUUAAAAUCACCGGAACGGGGAGAAUGAGCGCUGAUUAUGACGAUGAGGGGUAUGCUGAGACCUGCAAAAGGAAUUAUAGGGCUUGCGUCGUUAUGUGAUUUGGGGUCUGAGGGCUUGAGGGUGAAUCGGGGGUCCUUAUUCCGUUGUCACUUGUUGCGUUUCUGUUGCGAUUUGUACGAGUACAUGAGUGGGUUGCUGCGCGUUACGGGAAACACUAUACCGCUGCUUUAGUUUUAGUAUGCUUCCGCUUACUAUCCGAUCGUCUUGGUUCUUUUUGUCGUCUCGAUGCUUGCCUCCUUGCUAAACAAUGAUAAAUCCACUAGAAUAUAAUGUACCCGUCUUCGCAAUCCCUCUUCCUCUUUAUCUCCCCUCUUCCUCAACAAACUGGUAUUUUGUACAACAGAAGUAAAGCUAUCCCUUAAUCGCUCGUAAUACACCUAAGCAGGCUUCUCCUGCAACUCCUCAUCAGGCCCGUACCCGUACCUGGGCUUAAUGACCCUAUUCGAGUUAUACACGCUCCCCAUCUUCCACCCUUUAACAUCGCCCAUAAGUGCCCUUUCACGCUCCGCUUCAGCAAUCUGUCUGCGGACCAGAUCGCGAUCGUUCUCCGCCUCGAGUAACGGGAUUAAAUGGAGUCUUGCCCAGACUUUCUCGCGGGCGAGUUCACUACCGUAAUACGUUAAUCGUGCAAUUUGGGGAGAAGGGGGAGGGAGGGGAGAGAAGCAACUGUAGCUCUCGAGAGCUCUGGGCCCACUUGUAAAAUCCGAAUGUGCAGAUUCCCAGGACGCC